UUGAUAACCAUAAAUCAAAAUCAUGUAAACGAUAUAUCCAGUAUCAAAUAUUAUAGUAAGUUCAAACUUACUAUGUACCAGGCCGUGGCUGAUACUGUGAAUUAUCUUAAAUUGGAGUAAAUAUCUGAUAACGGAAGCUGGAGUUACUGUCGGAGGAUGAGACAUGGUCAUCCAGGUGUCUGGUACCUUGCAUGUACAUCUGCAAUCGGAGCUGGUGGGGCUGACACCGACAACCCCUUCCUAGCGUCACUCUUAUUGGUUGGUGGGACCCGUGACGUCAGUCCGGUACCGGAUUAUGUAUAGGUUCGAGCACGCGGAGCGCCAGUCUCUCGCAGCCUUCCACGCUGGAUUCACAGGUUGCCGGCUGCCCCUAAAUUCUUUUUGAAAAAUCUUUGGAACUGUUGUUGUAUUAUCAAGCUCACCUUAUAAAAUCAUUUAUCCAGCCUUGAAGAUUCUUCUUAAGCCCCGGGCACUUACGAAUUCCUGAAGCGAUCGACGUCGCGACGCUUUAUUAGAAUGAUUUCCAGCCCGCUGAUACUUUUGACAGCUUUGAUAGGCCCUUUAUCAGCAGAAAUAUCCUCGGCCAAUGAUGCGCUGGCGCUUAAGCGCGCGCCAAUGGGCUUUCAGGGAAUGCGCGGCAAAAAGGAUUUGAUCGAUCAGGAUUUUUCAAAGAGAGCACCAAUGGGCUUCCAGGGGAUGAGGGGUAAGAAGAAUUUUUUGGAUAACGAAAUCGAGGACUCGUAUUUCCAGCGAGAGACUGAUAAGCGCGCGCCAAUGGGAUUCCAAGGAAUGCGAGGAAAAAAGGGACUGUACGACGAGGAUUAUUAUAAACGCGCCCCAAUGGGAUUUCAAGGGAUGCGGGGAAAAAAAUCUUUGGAUGAGGUACUUUGGCAGAACGAUUAUGAUAAGAGAGCUCCCAUGGGUUUUCAAGGGAUGAGGGGCAAAAAAAGUGAUGACGAAAGCAUAAGCAACUUUUUGGAACUUCCGGAAGAGGAUUUUGAGAAAAGGGCGAUGACCAUGGGCUUUCAGGGAAUGCGUGGGAAAAAAAACAAUUUCGAGCCGGAUUGGGAAAAAAGGGCGCAAAUGGGAUUUCAAGGGAUGCGCGGGAAGAAGAGUCUCCAGGACGAAAUCGAAGAUUUGGAAAAACGUGCUAUAAUGGGAUUUCAGGGCAUGAGGGGUAAGAAGGACGUACGAAAUGGACUCGAAGCGUUUCUGGACGAUUUUGAAAAACGUACCAGAACUAUGGGAUUUCAAGGAAUGCGUGGUAAAAAGGAUUAUUACGAGCAGAGCAAGAGAGCGCCAAUGGGAUUUCAGGGAAUGAGAGGCAAAAAGGCCCUGGAGGAAAUUUACGAGACAAGUAACGAUUUUGAAAAAAGGGCCCCGAUGGGUUUUCAAGGUAUGAGAGGUAAAGAAAAUGAGAUACCGAUACAGUUUGACAAACGGUCCCACUAUGGAUAUUACGACAUGCGUGGCAAGAAGAAUCCACGAUGGGAAAUUCUUGGUAAAUUUGUUGGCGUCAGAGGCAAAAAAUCCGAUCCGGCAUUCCUACAGGAUCAUCUCUUUGAAAAUAUCGACAGGAUCGGCCAGAAAGGAGACUCGAUUACGACAAUAGAUAUGCAGUAGUGAGAACGGGGUUUAGAAAUGAAUCUUUUCUUUAUCUUAUGCAAUUACUCUAGUCAAAAUGUAAGAAAGAGCAAGAGAAUCUUGAAGGAUGAAAGUCAUGGAAAAUGAAAUAGAGAAAAAAUAUAUGAGCAUAGAUCUUCAAAAAAAAAAAAAUCAAGAAAAAUUAUAUAUAUACAUAUACAAA